CUAACUCCGUUUUCCGCGCAUGCGCAGCAGCUCGGCUGGCGAGGCAGAAGCUCCCGAGCGGACGCUGCCGGCGAGGAUGGUGCUGGAAAGUGUAGCCCGCAUCGUGAAGGUGCAACUCCCCGCCUAUCUUAAGAGGCUCCCAGUCCCGGAGAGCAUUACGGGGUUUGCCCGGCUCACAGUUUCAGAAUGGCUUCGGUUACUGCCUUUCCUCGGUGUACUUGCACUACUGGGCUACCUUGCAGUUCGUCCAUUCCUCCCAAAGAAAAAACAGCAGAAGGAUAGCUUGAUUAAUCUUAAAAUACAAAAGGAAAAUCCCAAAGUGGUGAAUGAAAUAAACAUUGAAGAUUUGUGUCUUACUAAAGCAGCUUAUUGUAGGUGUUGGCGUUCUAAGACGUUUCCUGCCUGUGAUGGUUCACAUAUUAAACACAAUGAAUUGACAGGAGAUAAUGUGGGCCCGCUAAUACUGAAGAAGAAAGAAGUAUAGUAGUAGUGAAUUAGGAUUAAAUUCAGUGGUGUGCUGUAAAAUCUUAUAAUGUUAUUUUUUCAUUCUUUGUGUAUAGGUCUUUCAAAUGGUGGUCUUAAUUAUUACUACUGAUUGAGUAAUUGUUUGUGCCAAUUUAUUUUCUUGCUACAGUACUGUUUAUAUUUGAUAUUCCAUAUACUCAAUCAUUUAUAUAGAAAUUAAAUUGUGCAACCCUUUUAUUAUUAUGUCAAAGGAUUAAUGUAUCUUUCUACAAUAAAACCAACACUUCUGAUUUUAAUUAAUUGAGAAAAAUAUAAGUUUUAGGCAAUGAAUCCAAAAGUAUUUCUUUGAAUAUCAAUAUUUUUCAACGGAAUGUGUAAUUUAAAUUUUUCUCCCUACUCUAUUAAAUAUGUUAUUUUACAGUUCUCUUAGGUUUUGAUUAUUUGAAGAGUUUGUUUAUUUUCCAGUCUUCUACCCUCCAUUCUUUUAAGAUUAAUAAGAAAAAUAUUGCUAUCAAGAAUUAGUUGAGUUUUCAAAGAGGUAAAAACUCUUUGCUUUAUAGAGAUUGUUGACUAAUAAAUAUAAAUAUCCCCAUUUCAGGAAAGACAUGAACUGGAUAUAAAAAGUUCCAACAAGGAACACUUAUUUACAUUAGACAAGUUGUAUUUACUUUGCAGUAGGCUUGUUUGCAUCUGUUUAGGCAAUGCUGUGUAUCUUGAACCAUUUGACUCAUUGAUGGGGUGGAGUGGCAGGAACACUUACACCUCAACUCCUGAGCUGCUGAAAUGUGAAGGUCAAUUAGAAAUAAACAUUAAAAUAAUAAGUAGUCAUCGAAAUUGUGUUUAUGUGAACAUUUUCCUCUUUAUAACAGUGUAAACCAAUAAACAGGAUACAGAGUUUGCAAAAUAAACUUACUGGAGAAUCUUUAAAA